AUGUCCAGCCCAGCCAAGAAGCGCAAGAGAAAUGGGCCCAAUACAUCGCCGCAGCCGACGCGCAGCAUUAAAUCGUUUUUCAAGGGCCAGAAUGAACAACCAAAUCCAAUAGAACCCGACAUCACCGAGCAAACACUCUCCGAUGAAGCUUUGGCGCGCAAGUUACAAGCGGAGUGGAAUGCCCAAGAAAAUGCCCAAGAUAAUACACCAGAAUCUGCCCCAGAGAAUACCAGCUCUGUGAAUGAAAGCAUGAAAGUAGAUCUGCAAAUCAAUGAACCUCCAUCUAUUCCAGUACCUUCAGGUCUACCUCCAGUGGCUCGAAAAAACAACACCUUGUCGCUACAGUCCUCGGCAAAUACAGAGGAUGUUACUUCUCUUGCCAUUCCGUUCGACCAAAGUCCCCAGACAUUCGAUGCAAGUCAGUACGCAGCGGAAUUGCGGUCACAUUGGGCUAUCCAAGGUGGAGAUGCCUCUUACGCCUUGCUAACAAGAGCUUUCGUCUUGGCGAAUGCAACCACAAGCCGAAUCAAGAUCGUCGAUACACUCGUUAACUUCCUACGAGUAUUGAUUGAAGGGGAUCCAUCGAGUAUCCUCCCUGCCGUGUGGCUGGCGACAAACUCGAUAUCGCCUCCAUAUGAUGAGCUAGAGCUUGGUCUGGGCGGGUCAUCUAUUUCAAAGGCUCUGAAGAAGAUUUAUGGCCUUGACAACCAAAGUCUCAAAUCACUAUACGAUAAACAUGGUGAUGCAGGGGACGUUGCAUUCGAGGCUAAGAAACGACAGUCCUUUACGCUUGUCAAGCCAAAGCCGUUGAGAAUUAAGGGUGUCUACCAGUCUCUUAUGAAAAUUGCCACAAGCAAAGGGACCGGUAGUCAAGAGACUAAACAAAGAAUCGUCGAAAAGCUUCUGCAAGAUACACGAGGUGCAGAGGAAAGUCGAUAUAUCGUCCGGACACUAGUCCAAAAUCUGCGAAUUGGUGCGGUGAAGACAACUAUGCUCAUAGCUCUCGCACGAGCUUUCAUCUACUCCAAACCAGCAGGAGCAGAAUAUGAAGUGCGGCCACAGAGAGAAAUGGCCCGCUUGAAGAAAGACGAGCUUGUUGAAAUUCAUAACAAUGCAGAAGAUAUUGUGAAAGCUUCCUAUGCAAGACACCCGGAUUAUAAUGACCUCAUUCCAUGUCUGCUGGAGAUUGGACCUGCAGAAGAGCUUUUGGUAAGAUGUGGCCUGGCUUUGCACAUUCCAUUGAGACCCAUGCUAGGUAGCAUCACGCGAGAUCUGUCAGACAUGUUGACAAAGCUGCAAGGAAGGAGCUUCAGUUGUGAAUACAAAUAUGAUGGCCAGCGUGCCCAGGUACACUGCGACGAUCACGGGAAAGUGUCUAUUUUCUCGCGUCAUCUCGAGCUCAUGACAGAGAAAUAUCCAGAUCUUGUAUCUCUGGUCCCGCAAAUCCGCGGAGAAGGCGUUUCUAGCUUUAUUUUGGAGGGAGAAGUGGUCGCCGUGGACCGAGAAACUGGUGACCUUCAGCCAUUUCAGACAUUAGCCAAUCGUGCAAAGAAGAACGUCGAGGUGGGAGCCAUCAAGGUCAAUGUGUGUCUUUUCGCGUUCGACCUCAUGUAUCUCAAUGGCGAGCCUUUGCUAGAUCGAUCAUUCCGAGAGCGCCGUGAACUUCUUCGCAGUCUCUUUGUUGAGAUACCCAAACACUUCACCUGGGUCAAAAGCAUGGAUGCGACGUCAGCGGAUUCCGAAACGGUUCUUGAGUUCUUCAAAAGUGCCACUGAUGUCAAAUGUGAGGGCAUCAUGGUCAAAGUGCUCGACAACACAAUAGUCGAUACCCAACCAAGUAACCCCCAAACAUCUAGCGAAGCAAACCCUGAAAACGCUCUCCAAGAUCAAGCAGAACAAAAGAACGGCAACAAGCCAAAAGAGAAGAACACCCGGCGCAAAGCCUUGCUCUCAACCUAUGAACCAGACAAACGCCUUGAAUCCUGGCUGAAAGUCAAAAAGGACUACAGCACCUCCUCCGAAACCCUCGACCUGAUCCCGGUAGCAGGCUGGCACGGCUCAGGCCGCAAAGCAAAAUGGUGGUCACCCAUCCUCCUGGCAGUUCGCAACCCCGAAACAGGCUCAUUGGAAGCCGUAACAAAAUGCAUAUCGGGCUUCACGGACAAAUUCUACCAAUCGAACAAGGACAAAUACGCCCAAGGCAGCACAAAUGUCAUUUCCAGACCCAGCUAUGUCGACUACUACGGCGAACCAGACGUCUGGUUCGAGCCGCAGGAAGUAUGGGAAAUGGCGUUCGCAGAUAUCACCCUGAGCCCGACAUACCCAGCUGCUAUCGGGCUUGUCAGCGAAGAGAGAGGACUCAGUCUGCGAUUCCCACGGUUUCUUAAAGUUCGCGAGGACAAGUCUAUCGACGAGGGUACAACGUCUGAUUACCUGGCAUUACUGUGGCGCAAGCAAAUGGAACGCGCUGGGAUAGAAAAUAAACAGGCCGGGAAGGACAGUAUAGAUGACACGGUUGGCGUGGAAGAAUAG